AUGGCCCGAACAAUCACACUUUUGACCGUGUUCGGGCCAGUUAUUGUUUGCGCCAUCCCUCAGCGCGGAAACUUCAUAGGAAUGGCACAAUGCUCCAGCCUUCCCAGCAUCAUCCGCAUGACCGUCGAACAAUGCGAGCAGAUUUGCGGGAUAGGCUGGCACGCAUACGAGAAAUGGGAGGUCGUCAGUGCCCUCGCGACGUGGGUCAUCCCGCUGUUCGUAUUGCGUCUGGCGGGAGUGGGUUGGACGCUGCCCGCACAGCAUGGAGCGUGUUUGUCAACUACGGCUUCGUGGCCUCACACCCUUCUUGGCAACCCAAUCGAUGUCAUCUGGAGCCACCUCGAAAAGCUGGAGCAUAUGCAUCGAACGCAGCAGGACGACGCAGCACUGGCCAUCAUACGUAUAACUUUGGACGACUUCGACUUCGAUCACGGCGCGCAAUCUACCGCAAAGAUUGAAGCCAGAGAAACACUGUCCGCAAUCCUCAUUAGGUACAAAAACAGCCUUGGUCAUACCGAGCGGAUUGGCUUUCUCGAGAAAUGUCACGACGCCGCCUUCCUGCUCGCUCAUAACCGCACCAGCAGCACGCGCCGCGCCGCCCUCGCCGUAAUCGCCUACGCUGUCGCCCUCUUCACUUCCCUCGCUUCCGCUAUGGCACAGAAUUCCGCGGCUGUCCACACACCGCACACCCUCGCCCUGCGCGAGCUCUACUAUUGGCUCAUCAGCGCUAUUGCCCUGAGCUCCGCCACCGGCGCUUUUCCGACCGAACACACCGCCUGGGCGGACUUGAAACCCGUUAUCUCCGCCAUAUCAGAUAGCCAGUUCAACCUGGCCCCACUCAAGCCGUGGACGGGUGGGAGCUACUGUUAUCGGCCGCAUAAGCGCAUCAAGGGGCGCUCGAUACCGCUCCUUGGCCUCUCAAUUCUCGCUGUUGGGGGCGCAUGGGCUAUCUCCUUCACCAUGAGCUGGAUCACGCCUACACGCGGGCUCGGAUGCCGUAGCUUCAUGGAACUAGGCUUCUUCGCAGCAUGGGUCAUAAACUUCCUCGUCUCUUAUUGCAUCGCACGUACCGCGCACGAAAAAUGGCCGAAAGGAGCGUUUGUUGCUACGUUCAUCUGCGACAUCAUCAUCGCAGUGCCAUCGGUUCUCCCGAUCCGGCGAUGCAACGGUCACAAGGUAAUCAUAAUUGACACGCAUCAUCACUUCUCAGGCUGGUUCAACAGCUGCAAGUGCUGGGCCGCGUUCUGGACCGUUCGCCGCGCCGCAGCGCACUAUGUGCCCGUCGGCCUUGCUGCGCAGGAGCACGCCCUUGCGCCCACGUACUUCACGCUCCUCGCCUGCGCGCUGGGCGUGCAGGUCCUGCUCUCGGGUGGCAUACUGGUGCACUACCGCCGAGAGCUGCGGCUUAUCUAUGGUGGGCAGUUGGAGGGACCUGCUACUAGUGAAGUACCACCGCAUCAUGGCCGCGAAGAUGCAAGUAGGCAGGAUUCCGACGGCAGUGGCUCUAGUGUGUAG